ACCCACGCCAGAUGCCGCCAACGUGGGGUGCCCACUGAUUUUCAUCAGCUGCGCGUCUCCCCUUCACCACGCGCGUUUGCGCCGACAACAAGCCCAGGCCAUCGACACGCAGCACCAUGCCUCGGCCGCCCAGGCGCCCCGUGGCCCCGAGCGACACCGAAUCUCACAGCGGGAGCGAAGACGACGAGUCUGGCCCCGAAAACAAGUCUCAUCCCUUGAUCGACGACGAAGCGCUCAGCGAGAGUGACGACGACGAGUCGGGUUCGGAAAGCGAGUCCAAUCCUUUGAUUGACGACGAGGCACUCGACUCGAGCGACGAUGAUGAGGUUAGCAGCAGCAGCAGCGGUGAUGACGAACCAGAGCGAGGCACUCGCCCGUCAAGCUUUACCCGCUUCAUGGACCUCCCGCCUGAGCUGAGGACACAGGUCUGGCGUCAGUUCUGCCCUGAUCUCGACGGACGGCCGCGCGUGCUGCAGUUCGAGAUGGGACCGGGCGGCGACCGCAAGAACGAGAGACACCUCUUGCGCGACGCCUGGGACCUCGAUACUCCGCGCGGAAUAUGGACCGUCAAGGAGUGGAUCACUCUCGCCGAGCAGACGGAGAGUUUACGCCGCCUCAUGGCUGUUCAUCAAGAAUCGCGCAGCCUCGGGCUCAAGGCCUUUCCCGACACCCUCACCAUGGACUCGGGCACCGCUGACUUUGACGCCCGCGUCGCCUUCAAUCCCCGCAAGGACAUCGUCGCCGUGGACCACUUCCGCCGCGAGUCUUACGGAUCGGGAGAAAAGACCCUGAUGCCUGGUUUCGGCGACAUUGUCGUCAACAUGGCUGUCCCCCGCUGGAACGAUUACCUGGACAGGGGGGCCGUGCAGCAGGUCAAGUGGACGUUCGACCACAUGCCCAACAUCCAGCGCCUCUACAUAUCUGCAGACGACGAACAGUUCAAGCACGAUCGGCACGUGCGAUGGUGUGCCUCCGACUACGUGCACAGAUACCGCGUCGAAACGCAUGAGAAGGAACCCGGCUUCGGCGAGGACUUGGUCUCCCUCUUCUGUUGGCCCGACGUGGACAAUCACCCAGACUUUGCUAAAUAUCAGCUGCCGGCGCGACACAUGCGCUCACGGCCAAAGCAAAUAGGCAGAAUAGUCGAAGAACGCGGGGUCGAGGUCCUGCCCAUGGUGAUUUUCGAGUUUGACGACGCCAUCCGACGCUUCGAGCAACUUUUCAGCACAAAGGACCUGCCCUACGAUGCGACUCCCAGUGCCAGCGAUGACUCAGAUGACGAAGAAGACGACGAGGAUACCGACUCGGAAGACAUUGACGAGUAUGAGAGCGAGGGCAUCGAUGACGAGCCCAUUGAAGAGUUUGACGAGUCCGGGGAAGGCGAAUCAUCCGUAGACGAAGACAGCGACGCCGCGGGCGCACGAUUUUCGAGCCCCGAGGGAAGCAUCGGCGAUGCACCGGCAAUGGAGCGCCUGUCCCGACGUGCUGUUGUUCUCGACUCGGAUGAUGAGGACGAGCCUAAGCAAGGACUCCCAAAUCGGCAACGAAAGCGCAAGAUUGCGACUGACUCGGACGACGAAGACGACGCUGUAGCGGAUGGACCACAAGCAAAGCGUGCGCGGACCGGCAGUGCUCCGGCCGCCGACCCCGACAUGGAUUCGGACGACGCGCCGCCCACGAAACGGGGCGGAGCCAGAGCACAUGUCGUUGCCGAGUCUGACUCCGAAACGGACGAUGGCGCCGGGGCCAAACUGGAACCGAACGGCGUAACGGAGUCAUCGGAUGAAGACACGGACGGCUCAUCCCAAGAGGGAGACCAGGAGGACGAGGAGCCCAGGCGCCUGACGCUGGCUGAGCGACUGCAACGACACCGAGAGGCGCACCCAAUCCCCGUGUCCGACAGUGAGCCCGACUCUAGUAACGAAGAGCAGGACGAAGACGACGAGGAAGAGGACGAAGACGACGAGGACGAGAGUGGCCUCAUCAACGACAUGGCCAGCGAGUCGGACGGCGAAGGGGACGAGGACGGCGAAUCCGAGGGAUGGUAGCUUGUAAGAUGAUUUCGGAGUCUUUGGUGCAUUCAUGUUUGACAUAGAGACGGCAUUAUUUUUCUUAUACCCCGGCGCAUAUAUGCCGAUGCAAUCACAAGAAGCAGCAACACG